UGAUUGAGUAAAAGCAUAUAUAAAUGAAGGCAGAAAAAACGGAAAGGCCAAAUCUAAGCUGAAGAGAGAAACACAACAAAUAAAACAAAGAGAAAGUGAGUACAAGCACAAAGUAGCUAACACAUAAAAAGAAGGACGAGCGCUUAUAAGGCCUGCUGCAUUUUUUUCUUAUAUAAACACAAACGUCCAUAGCCAUUUCUGCCCGCCGGCUUUCUUAUUAAUCCAAAUCGACUCAUUAUAUAUAUUCUUUCACCUUUUUUGUUUUUAUAUAUAGUACCGCUCGUUCACCUCUCCAUUCUUAUUGGAGGACUAAUUAUUCCUAAUUUAAUUUAUACUUACCCCUGUUUUUUCUUAUUAUCAUGGCAAAAACAUCAUCAAAGUCGACUGCUGCUACUAGUAGCUCUUCUUCUAGCAAGAAAAGUGAUAACAAUGCCAUUAUUGGCAAACCGAAACGAACACGCAAGAGCGUUCCCAGAGAUUCUCCUCCUCAACGGAGCUCCAUUUACAGGGGAGUCACAAGGCACCGUUGGACGGGCCGAUAUGAAGCUCAUUUAUGGGAUAAAAAUUGCUGGAAUGAAUCGCAGAACAAAAAAGGAAGACAAGUUUAUUUGGGAGCCUAUGAUGAUGAAGCAGCUGCUGCACAUGCAUAUGACUUGGCGGCGUUGAAAUAUUGGGGUCAAGAUACCAUCCUUAAUUUCCCUGUCGAGACGUAUGAAAAGGAGCUAAAGGAAAUGGAAGAUCAAUCAAAAGAAGAGUAUAUUGGCUCUUUGAGAAGAAAAAGUAGUGGGUUUUCAAGGGGAGUAUCAAAAUAUAGAGGAGUAGCAAGGCACCACCACAAUGGAAGAUGGGAGGCUCGCAUUGGAAGGGUGUUUGGCAACAAAUAUCUCUACCUUGGAACAUAUGCUACUCAAGAGGAAGCAGCAACAGCAUAUGAUAUGGCUGCUAUUGAAUACCGUGGACUAAACGCCGUUACAAACUUUGACCUUAGCCGUUACAUUAAGUGGCUACGUCCCUCUGACCAAACUAAUAAUAUUACCAUUAACAACCCUACUGAACCAAACCCUAACCCUAACGCUGAUGACAUUCAUCUCUUGCCUAACACCAAAGAAGAUAUGUCUUUUAACUUCCUCCAGCAGCAGCAGCAACAACAAAGCCCUGGUGCUGAUGCAAACGUCACGGCUCUGCCAGCUGGUGGACCCGCGGCUACAUCAGCACUAGGGCUUUUGCUGCAGUCAUCUAAGUUCAAGGAAAUGCUUGAAAGAACAACGGUGGUUGAGUCCCCAGAAACUCCACCGGAGCCAGAUCGUCCACGGAGGAGCUUCCCUGAUGAUAUUCAGACUUACUUUGAUGGCCAAGAGUCUAGUAGCUUCAUGGAGGAGCAUGAUAUUAUUUUUGGUGACUUGGAUUCUUUAACAUUGCCCAUGUUUCAGUGUGAGCUUGAUAGCUAGAAAGGAACUUUGAAGUAUUAAUUAAUAACUGUGGACGUGAGAUAAUAUACCGAUUAUUUGUGUAUACAAUUUUUAUGUCAAGUAGAGUAUGGGGAGGUUACAUAAACUAAAACGGAAAAUCAAAACGGAUUAUUUCCUUUAAGAUGAUUUCUUUAUUUUUCUCCAGUAGUUUGUUUAAUGAUCAUUAUUAUUUCCCCCCCAAUAUUGUAUUUGAUUUUAUGUAGAUUGAGCAAUCGAAAAGCAUUCUUUGAUAAGUUAAUGAGUUCCAA